UGACCCUUCGUGGCAUUGUGGGUAAGCGGAAAAAGGCUCCAAAAGGUACACCAGAGCGUCAGUCGCACGUUGCGGAGUUGCUGAAGAAGAAACAACAAAGAAACACGUCCUUUGGAUUAAAUCAAGGAAACAGUUGAAAAAUGUCCAUCGGAGUCCCAAUCAAGGUCCUGCAUGAGGCAGAGGGACACAUUGUGACCUGUGAGACAAACACAGGGGAGGUGUACAGAGGCAAGCUGAUUGAGGCAGAGGACAACAUGAACUGCCAGAUGUCUAACAUAACAGUGACAUACCGUGAUGGCAGAGUGGCACAGUUGGAGCAAGUGUACAUCCGUGGCAGCAAAAUCCGCUUCCUGAUCUUACCUGACAUGUUAAAGAAUGCUCCUAUGUUAAAGAGUAUGAAGAAUAAGAACCAGGGGUCUGGUGCAGGAAGGGGCAAGGCAGCUAUUCUCAAAGCACAAGUGGCUGCAAGGGGUCGGGGGCGUGGCGGAAUGGGAAGAGGCAACAUCUUCCAGAAGAGACGAUAACUGUUCCAGCUGUGUUCAAAAUGUUGUUUUGUAUAGUCCUUUGUUUUUAUUAAUCUUGUCAUCAUUGGAUUGGAUUGGACACCUUUGGUAUUGUUUGCAAUUUUAUGCUUCUCAGUCUUUUUCUUUGAUUUCAUUUUUUUUUUUUUAAGAAAUAAACAUAUUUCACUUUGA